AUGAUAGCUCUGCUUUGCACCGCUUUGCUUUCUCUGACCCUGGCCAGCAGUGUGUACAGUGAUACCAACAGCACUGCUUCUGCACCAGUCUACGCAGCAGAGACUGAACUUGGUGAUCAGAACCGUGUGUUUGCCAGUCGCGGCUCCAACAUCACUCUACAAUGCCGGCUCCACCGCCAGCACGGGACGUCUUUCGGCCGCAUGGGCAUGAGGAUCAAGUGGACCAAGCUGUCUGCGGAUGAGUCACUGGAGGAAGAUGUGCUGGUGUCCAUGGGCUUCCACAAGAAGAGCUACGGCAGCUUCCUGGGCCGUGUCCGCCUGCUGGAGGCCGACGAUGACGAUGCCUCACUGCUCAUCAACGACGUGUCCCUGGACGACAUGGGAAAGUUCCGUUGUGAGGUCAUUGAUGGCAUGGAGGAUGUCAUUCAUGAGGUUACCUUGGAGGUGCAAGGUGUGGUGUUCCCUUACUCCCCACGGCUGGGCCGAUACAACCUCAACUUCCACGAUGCUGAGCAGGCUUGCCUGGACCAGGACUCUGUGGUGGCCUCCUUCGACCAGCUCUACGAGGCCUGGAGGAGUGGCCUUGACUGGUGCAAUGCCGGUUGGCUGAACGACGGCUCCGUGCAGUACCCCAUAACCAACCCCAGACGGGCCUGUGGAGGAGUCAACUCCGGUGCGGGCCUGAGGAGCUACGGCCAGCGUGACAAGUCCAAGAGCCGUUACGAUGUCUUCUGCUUCACCUCUGCCAUCAACGGCCGCUUCUACUGGCUGGUGCAGCCCGACAAGCUAACGUUCAACGAGGCUGCUCAGGCGUGCCAGGAUGAUGGAGCUGAGAUCGCCAAGGUGGGCCAGAUGUAUGCUGCAUGGAAGCUGAACGGCUAUGACCGCUGCGACUCUGGCUGGCUGGCUGACGGCAGUGUCCGCUACCCCAUCUCCAGACCCCGCAGGAACUGCAGCCCGACAGAGGCGGCUGUGCGCUUCGUGGGAUUCCCCGACAAGAAGCAAAAGCUCUUUGGCGUCUACUGCUUCAAGGGCCAGCAGUGA